AUGGAUGAUUCGUGGACCGCCCUCAAUGACUUCGUGGCUCUUCCUGUAUCACGGGAGAUGGUGUCACAUCUGGCCCGCCAGGCCUCGAUGGUCAUCCGCUGCGAGUCGCAUGUGACCACUUCUCCCAACCAACACGGCCAGCCCACGCCCCCCAGCACUCCUCCGAUGGAUGCAUUUGACAACUCGCCGCCUCUGCCCUCGGUUGAAACUUUUAUCGCUUCUCUUGUCACCCGGUCGCAAGUUCAGGUGCCGACGCUGAUGACCUCGCUGGUCUAUCUGGCUCGUCUGCGCGCUCGUCUGCCUCCCGUCGCCAAGGGCAUGCGCUGCACUGUUCAUCGCAUUUUUCUCGCUUCGCUCAUUCUGGCUGCAAAGAACCUGAACGACUCGAGCCCGAAGAACAAGCACUGGGCUCGUUACACCGCCGUCAAGGGCUAUGAAGGAUUCGGCUUCUCCGUCCCGGAGGUUAACCUGAUGGAACGCCAGCUUCUGUUCUUGCUGGACUGGGAAACCCGAGUCAACGAAAGUGAUCUGCUCAUCCACCUCGAGCCCUUUCUUGCUCCUAUCCGCCAACGUUACCAGAUCCAGGAGCGCGAGGAAGAACUGAGACACCACCGCGAAUGGCGCCGCCUCCAUGCCUCCGCUGAACUUUUGGCUAGCCGUCUUCGCCGACAGAAGCUGGAGUCAAGAGGUGAAGUCCGUCGGGUCGAGAGCAACAGCAGCAUCAACUCGCGCAGACGUGUUCCUGUCCAGGCCCCGAUGCCCCCAACAGCCAACAUUCAAACCCCGCCGACUAUGGGCGAUGGUGAACGCUACAACCCACACUAUCACCGUAUGCGCACAUCGCCCAGCCGAAGUGGCCGCUCCAUCUCGCCCCCGUCGCUUCAGGAUGUCCCAUCGCUCUCUCGCGCGGAAACUCUCAACUCGCUCAGCUCUCGUUCAUCUAGCAUCGCCCCCAGCUCUCGCGGCACACCGGCCAGUAUCAGCACCUGCUCUUCCAACAGCGCUGACGAGGUCAUGGUCGCAGAUGGAGUCAACAGCCCGGCAGGAUCAUCCAUGACCAACUGCAGCUACGUCAACAUCCCAGCUAUCCAGUCCAACAAGCCAUCGUACGAGGAACUGCAGCAACCAAGCAAGAGAAUGCGCAUGGCCAACCACUCCGGGGGCGCAGGAUUCGUCGCGCGAUUCCUCGCCUCGGCCGCUGGGUCGUACAUGGGUGGACGUAUCGGUCGGCCACAAUAUUAAACAAGUUUGAGCUGGCCUCGACUUGUGUGCGGCGACUUAAUAUGCCAUCCCAGUCGCCAUCCCCCCUCAUCUAGACUGUCGCUACGUUUUUUGUUUUCUCUUAUCUCAUUCAAAAGCAUUUCACCGGUUGAUUACAUCUACAUUUGUUGCAAUACCCCCUGCUUUUUU